CAGCGCAGUAUUUUACCGAUUUAGAUAUUGUAUUGCUAUUCUAAUGACGAUGCUUGUUGUGUUGAAAUUUUACGUCUUGUGGAGUUUGUGACCAUUUAGGUUAAAUUUUACUUUGUUCGUCUUAAAAAUCUUGUGUACUAGCACCGCGUUAAAGGUGUUUGUUAAAAUGCCUCAGUGGUCUGCAUCAUGUUGUGCUUGAAUAUGUUACUUCGCUGUAACUUCAGCAAGUCCUUUUAAUUUAUAAAUAGAGGAUGAAAGGACUAUUAUUAGUCAUGUUUGGUGAUUAUGUGUAUUGGCCGCCAUGGCCAUAUAAUUUCUCAUGUUUUGUCAUUUAAAGUACAAGUCAAAUGGCCUUCGUGUAGAAUUUUCAAUUUUCUGGAUCUCUCAUUGGUAGCCGAAUUUUCUAGUCAAAAAAAGAAGAUAGCACUACUCUUUCUUUACACUAUUAUUUGAGAAACCAAAAGCAGACCUUCCUACCUCCUACAUUUACUUGAAAAUGAUUCAACAAUCUCAAACACUUGUUAAAAUAUAUACCAAAACACUUGUUAAAACUUAAAUCUUGACCGUCUCUGUCUUCUCUCUGUUUCACCACCAACAAUGAACCAAUGUUGUUCUUUCACCAUCCUUUUCUUCUUCAUCCUUGCUUGUGCUGAGGAAGAUCAAGACUUCUUAGACUGCAGUUUUCAUGAUUUCAAUUGUGGAGAAUUGGUGAACAUUAGUUAUCCUUUCUGGGGCAAUGGUCGACCUCAAAAGUGUGGUCACCGACUGUUUGAGCUCAAAUGUCUUAGCAAUGGAACUACCACUAUAUUCAUCAAUCAACAUGAAUACCAGGUGGUCGGUAUAAAUAACUUUUCUCAUUCAAUCAAAAUAUCCAGACCCAGAGAGAGAUGUCCUUCAACAUUCGGGGGUGAAACUGUGGCCUAUACAUUUAAUUACUCUAACACUGUACAGAACUUAACCCUGUUUUACAACUGCACCACCACCCCUUAUUCCUCUCUUUCAAGCAAUAAUUUCUUAUGCCCCGUCGGUGGAACAGAGAGGGAUGCAUUCUACGGUCAUGAUAUAUUGUUUGGCGGUGCUGGAUUCAAUGAUACUGCUUGUAAUAUUCAAGUUAAAGUUCCUGUUGAAGAAGAGAUUCUUGAUGAACUUAUUCAAAAUGGAGUUGGACAACUUGACGAGGCUUUGAAGGAACCUUUUGGUGUGAACUACUUUACUUAUGUACUAUGUGAUUCUUGUGUGGGAUCUGGUGGGAAUUGUGGAACCAACUUGAGUUCUUCAUCGCCUGUAUCGCAGUUCAUAUGCUUCUGUCACGACGGGCAUCAUCGUUUAAGGUGUGAUGAUGACAAGGGUAUGCAUGAAAUCUUUUUCACUCAUCAUGGUUCCCUCAAAAUCUUAUUUCUCAAAUCAUUUUCGCAUCUAAUAUGGUUAGAAUCCAUCUAUUUCACCAUUCAUUCCUAUUCAAAGUACAAUCUACCUGCUAACGUUGUAGUGUCCCUAUCUUCUUCAUUAUAUUCAUUUCUUUCUUGACAGAUGAGCUUUUAGUUGCAAAAACAGUUUCUUAAAAUUGUGUUGUGAGACUGAAGGUCUUGCUAGCUAGAUGCUGUCAUUAGUAGCUAUAUUAUAUGUGCCAAAUAUUUGUGAUAUUUGUUUGAGAUGAAACAACUUUUAUUGAUGAA